AUGGCGAGUGCAGGAUUUCGACAAUGGGCUACAUCACAUAUGCCUCUUAUGAAAUGUCUCAGCUCUUUCAAAGGAGUCAGCAGCUCCAUAAUGACAAAGAGACAGGCUCUGCUCCUUGCUGCUCAGACACCAGUAACUGGGGAAGGAGAAGAUUAUUUCCAGUCUUUGUUUGGUGAUUCAAAGAAACUUCUUCCACAUUCAUUCCAUGCUGAGAAAGCCUGGAAGCACUUUUCUAUGAUUCUUGAAGAAGUGGGCCAAUCUAGAUCCAGUGCUCUUGGAGACGUUAAAAUAGCUGAAGUAAAUGUCAAGGGUUUAUUUGUGAAACUCAUUAACUCUUCCCUUGACAAAGAACUGGAGAUUGGAGGUCAUAUUCUCCAGCAAAAUGUGAAUGGACAAACAGUCUCUUUGUACCGCUUCCCUCCAAAUAUCAUAAUGCAGGCCAAUUGCACAAUAACAGUGUGGGCAGCUGCAUCUGAAGCAAAGCAUCAGCCACCAUCAGAUUUUCUUUGGAGAGAACAAAACAAGUUUAGAACAAGCCCAAAUUGUACAACGAUUCUGUGCAAACCUAAUGGUGAAGCUGUUGCCUGGUACACUCCUAUUCACUGGAAGCAAGCAUGGGAGAAAUUAGAGACUGACAUUGAAUUUGACAGAUGCUCAGUAGUAAGUACAACGUCUCGAAGACACAUGUUGAAUUGGCCAGCAGCUAUAACUACAACUAAAGAAAAACAAGAUAAAUGUAAUAAAGAUAUCUCAAAAUAUCAGAUGGAACGAGUCAGAGUUUUUCUCAAAAGAGAAAAAGAAACCCCACCAAACCCUUUGCCCAAUAGCAGCCCUUGGUGCCACAGUCCCAGUGUCCCUGCACAUCCCUACGGUCCUCUGAUUGAAACUAGCAAUACGUGCAUGACUGAAAGCAGCUUAGACAGACAGCCGAGGCCUCAGUCAUCCAGGCCUGAUCCAGCCCAGGUAAGUCAAAGGGAUACUUACUCCAACGGAGAGUUAAAAGAUGUGGGGUUGGCAGUGUCGAUUCCUCCUGCUUAUGUGUUACCUCAUCCCCUCUGGCCGUGGCUGGUCCUUCAACAACCGUACUUCUUGUUAGAGGUCAUGUCCAAGAUCACCACUCUCAUCAGCUCUGAUAACACCCUUUCCUCUCCUGCCCUUCAGAUUUCUGCUGUUAUUAAUCCCUGCGUUUAUGAAGUCAUCCCAUGCAAUGUAACAAGUACCUACCCCUCCCCGUGCUGUCAUCUACGAUCUCUUAAGUUGCUUCCCAGGAGACUGAGGCAUAGAGCUCACCGUCUUCCUGUCCACUCUGCUCCCGUCACCGUUCCCAACGACUGCAACAACCAGGUGCUGUCCGAUUCAACAUCAAGCCUGCUCAGUCCUCCUCUCCAGGAAACCUUUCGUCUUCAACUUAAUCCUCUUACUUCUAAAAAAUCUUCUGAGCCUCUCCACAACAUCGGAUUGCUUCCUGGAUUUCAAAUCAUGGUCUAUUCCUCCCUCUCUGACCUUCCCCCUCACCACCUCUCUCCCCAGAGCGAACCAACUCCCGGCAAAGUCAAGUUGCUGCACAUUUUCAACUGCUACAAGAUUCUCUGCUGCAAGAACCGCAAAGGGGAAAGUUUCCGCAUCGCCGCUUUUUAUUAG